AUGUCAAACGCCAACGGAUUUGGAGAUUACGAUCACCAAGUGGACUAUGUCUUCAAGAUUGUGCUGAUUGGAGACUCUGCUGUAGGAAAGUCUCAACUUUUGGCUAGAUUUGCUCGGAAUGAGUUUUCGCUGGAGUCUAAAGCGACCAUCGGUGUGGAGUUUCAAACAAAAACGAUAGUCGUCGACAAGAAGGUCAUCAAGGCCCAAAUUUGGGAUACAGCUGGUCAAGAAAGGUACAACUUUCUUUUCUUUACGUUUAUUUUAAUUGCCGUUAUUUGUCGGUAG